AUGGAAGUGAAGAACUUUUUAGCUUUUGCGGCGGUGGUUUAUCUCCUUUUUAGCGUCGUUGCGAGCCAGCAACUGAGACCCAAAGGCAGAAAUGUUUGCAAAGCAGCUGGAUCUCCAGGCUUGGUUUGCUGCAGCGGAUGGGCUCAGCUAGGAAGUGAAUGCCUGACACCUCUCUGCGAAGGCAACUUUACGUGCAAGGAAAAUGAGGUGUGCGUCAGGCCUAACGAAUGCCGCUGUCGCCAUGGAUACUUUGGAGCGAGCUGUGACACAAAGUGUCCAGCCCAGUUUUGGGGUCCAGACUGCAAGGGUAAAUGUAACUGUUACCCCAACGGCCAGUGUGAUGAUUUGACAGGCAAAUGCACGUGCAACCACAAUCGCUGGGGGCCAAACUGCGAGAAUUCCUGCAUGUGUCAAAAGGGCAAAUGUGACCAGGACACGGGCUUUUGCACAUGUCACCCAGGGUUCUGGGGCCCUCAGUGCAACAACAACUGCUACUGCAGCGUCAACUCAAUGUGCGACCCUAUGACGGGCCGGUGCACUUGCAGCCCCGGCUGGACGGGCCGCAACUGCGCCACGCAGUGCAACUGCAACAACUCGCCGUGCGAGCAGUUCUCGCAGCGCUGCCUGUGCAGGGAGAUGAUGUGGGGCCCAAGAUGUGACCGGUAUUGCGGGUGCGUCCACGGCAAGUGCAACCCGUCGGACGGCUCGUGUACCUGCACGCCAGGUUACCGUGGGAAGUUUUGCAGGGAGCCGUGUCCUGCUGGUUUCUAUGGGCAAAACUGCAGAAACAAGUGUGGCCACUGCAAAGGCCAGCAACCAUGUAAGGUGACGGAGGGACGCUGCGUCACGUGCGACAAAGGCUGGAACGGAACACGCUGCGACCAGCUCUGCUCCAAAGGCUUCUUUGGCGAAAACUGCCAGGAAGUGUGUCCCACCUGUAAGGACGGCCACCACUGUGACCCCAUUCAGGGCAAGUGUGCGCACUGUAACCCCGGCUGGAUUGGGGACAGAUGUGAGGUGCGAUGCCCUAAUGGCACGUAUGGCGACAAUUGUGAAAACAACUGCAGCCACUGUUUCAACGGCAACUGUCAUGUUGUCACAGGAGAGUGCCUGUGUGACCAAGGAUUUUACGGAAUCUACUGCAAUAUGACCUGCCAACCUGGACAAUACGGAGUGAACUGCAACCAAACCUGCCCUUGCCACGACAAAAACUGCGAUCCCGUUUCUGGCGCCUGCUAUCUUCAGCCCAACCAGCGGAUGGGCGUGAUCGCGGCCGGAACGCUGGUCUCCUUUUUGCUGAUUGUUUUGCUCUCUCUGCUGUGCUGCUGCUGCCUGUAUCGACACAAAGAUGACCACAACAAAAAAGCCAAGUGGAUCCUGUGCGGACGAUUUAGCCGAAUCAGCACUAAACUUCCCCGUAUUCCACUGAGGAGGCAGAAACUGCCAAAAGUAGUUGUAGCCCACCACGACCCAGAGCAUAACUUCAACUGCAGCUUUAUUGAGCCCCCCUCGGCGGCUGAACAGCCCUCCCCUUCCUCCUGGUCGUCCCAGGAGUCCUUCUCCUCCUUUGAGAGCGGCGACGAGGGCCCAGUUUACUGCGUGCCUCAUGAAGACUCUGUGAAUGAAAGCAAAGAGAAGCGCAGCCACAGUCCAGAAACAGAGAAGGCUGAAGCUACCCCUACUGAUGAAGAUGCUGGAGAGUACACCUCCCUAAAGGAUACUAGUGUCAUUAAACCAGAGGGCGUUGAUCAACCUGUGCUGAAGUCCUCAGAUAGCGAAGGCUCUACCAGUGGUUCCGAAUACGCAGCUGCAACCCUCUACGCCCGCAUUGCCCGCCUCUCCAAGCAGUCCAAAGAGGAUGACAAUAGCGGCAGAGAUGGGGAAUUACCGAACCCAGAUUACAAGCGCAACGGUAAACCACCACCGUCGCCUGGUAGGCCCAAGCCACGGCCACCGGACCCCUCGACCAAACCGAAAGUAUCGUGGAUUCACGGAAGCACUCCCCAACAGGACCAACAAGGGCAGGGAUCGGGUAAAGCGCUUCCCAUUCCAAAGGAGAAAAAGAGAAGCUCCAGUGACGUCUCAGCCAAGAGCGAGAAGAGCGUCGAUCACCAGAAAAAGCAAGAGAGCGACACUAGUGGCUCCCCCAGUAAACACAAACCUCUGCGAAGCAAGAAGUCUGGCGAUGAUCACAGCAGUCCCAGUCACAUGGAGCACAUCAAUGGAGUGGUUCAGAAUGCCCUGAGGAAGAUUAGUAACUUCCACAGCUCUUCAUCUGAGAAGAAGAGUGCUGACUCUUCAAAAGAAACCCCGAAGGAACCUCCUAAGAGUCCCAAGGUCGUCCAUCCCCACAUGAACUCUGAAGCCGCCACCCUCCUGGCCGCUCAGCUCAAGGAGAAAACUCAAAGCAUCAACAGGAACGAGGGCACGGGCCUGACGAAGACGAAUGGAAUUUCCCGGGAGAGGCCGACUCCACCGCAGAAAGCCAAGAGGACCCCGUCUGCCGGUUUGACCCAGCAGGGAUCUACUAAGCCCCUGCUGCCCACCUCCAGCAGCCUUCAGAAAAUGGUGGCGCCCAUCACCACUGACCAAAGGACCCCCGAAGCCAAGAGCCCGGAAAAGCAGGACUUGAACGGCUCAAGGCCGGGGGAUCCGGCGUCGGAUGCGACACCUAAGAAGACUCCCAUUAAAAAGCCGCCGAGAAAGAAAUCCAAAGAGGCUUCAUUGGAUACACCAGAGAGCAAAACCCCCCAACAAAAGACAGCCAUCAUGCCACCCCAGAUAGUCAAGUAA